GGGACUUCGCCUCUUUUUCCGGGCUCGGCAGGGUAGCACUCUGGACCCCGGCUCUCCGACCCUCAGGGCUGCCGAUUUGCUGGGGGGGCUUGGAGAGCCGCCUUCCCCUUCCUGACGCGGACCGAGGGGCCAGCCUUGGUCCACCGCGCGCGCGGCGUCUCCGCUCCGUCCCCGGCCGCCCGCCCGGGCUGCCACCCGCCGAGUCCCGAGAGCGAGCGGGCGAGCGAGCGGGGGACGGCGCUGCGUUCGCCCGGGCGCGCCCUCCAGGAUGCUGCUCCGCCCGGUCCGCUGAAAACGAGCGCCCCUUCCCGGCCCAAAGGCGGGCGCCCCUUCCCGGCGCCUCCUCCAGCUCACCCCUGAGGCUUCUAGGAGCCCGGGGCUCCCCCCGCCGGCUCCCUUCCUCCCUCUCUCGCUCUCUCGCUCGCGCUCGCUCUCGUAGGGCCUUCCUCGCGGUCCGUGCGCGCAGGCGGUGGCUAGCCGUCUCGGACGCAGCAUGCAGGCGCGCUACUCUGUGUCCGACCCCAACGCCCUGGGAGUGGUGCCCUACUUGAGCGAGCAGAAUUACUACCGGGCGGCGGGCAGCUACGGAGGCAUGGCCAGCCCCAUGGGUGUCUACUCGGGGCACCCGGAGCAGUACGGCGCGGGCAUGGGCCGCUCCUACGCGCCCUACCACCACCACCAGCCCGCGGCGCCCAAGGACCUCGUGAAGCCACCCUACAGCUACAUCGCGCUCAUAACCAUGGCGAUCCAGAACGCGCCCGAGAAGAAGAUCACCCUGAACGGCAUCUACCAGUUCAUCAUGGAUCGCUUUCCCUUCUACCGGGAGAACAAGCAGGGCUGGCAGAACAGCAUCCGCCACAACCUCUCGCUCAACGAGUGCUUCGUCAAGGUCCCCCGCGACGACAAGAAACCUGGCAAGGGCAGCUACUGGACCCUGGACCCGGACUCCUACAACAUGUUCGAGAACGGCAGCUUCCUGCGGCGCCGGCGGCGCUUCAAGAAGAAGGACGUGCCCAAGGAGAAGGAGGAGCGGGCCCACCUCAAGGAGCCGCCCCCGGCGGCGUCCAAGGGCGCCCCGGCCGCCCCCCCACUAGCGGACGCCCCCAAGGAGGCCGAGAAGAAGGUGGUGAUCAAGAGCGAGGCGGCGUCGCCGGCGCUGCCGGUCAUCACCAAGGUGGAGACGCUGAGCCCCGAGAGUGCGCUGCAGGGCAGCCCACGCAGCGCGGCCUCUACGCCCGCCGGCUCCCCCGACGGCUCGCUGCCGGAGCACCACGCAGGCGCGCCCAACGGGCUGCCCGGCUUCAGCGUGGAGAAUAUCAUGACGCUGCGAACGUCGCCGCCGGGCGGCGAGCUGAGCCCCGCGGCCGGGCGCGCGGGCCUGGUGGUGCCGCCGCUGGCCCUGCCCUACGCUGCCGCGCCGCCCGCUGCCUACGGCCAGCCGUGCGCGCAGGGCCUAGAGGCUGCGGGCGCCGGGGGCUACCAGUGCAGCAUGCGCGCCAUGAGCCUGUACACCGGGGCCGAGCGGCCGGCGCACAUGUGCGUCCCGCCCGCGCUGGACGAGGCCCUCUCGGACCACCCGAGCGGCCCCACAUCGCCCCUGAGCGCCCUCAACCUCGCCGCCGGCCAGGAGGGCGCGCUCGCCGCCGCCGGCCAUCACCACCAGCAUCACGGCCACCACCACCCGCAGGCGCCGCCGCCCCCGCCGGCUCCCCAGCCCCAGCCGGCGCCGCAGCCCGGGGCCGCCGCGGCCCAGGCGGCGUCCUGGUAUCUGAACCACAGCGGGGACCUGAACCACCUCUCCGGCCACACGUUCGCAGCCCAGCAGCAGACUUUCCCUAACGUCAGGGAGAUGUUCAACUCCCACCGGCUGGGGAUUGAGAACUCGACCCUCGGGGAACCCCAGACCCGGGAGCAGAGAGUGCGCGCGCCAGCCUCAGCCCUCUGCGAAGCAGCAGGUAACUUUAAUUCGCCGCCCCGUUUCUGAGAUCCCAAGAGGCCCCAGUACAGGGACGCGGCCCAACGAAAUGAAUAAUGAUUUUAAAAUCCCCCACCCCUUCCAGGAUGGCUGUGCUCACUGCUCCACUCGGGGUUUCAAAAAUUAUAACUUAUGGACCAAAUCCCAUAGCGAUCCAGUAAUGACUCUCUGUAGAGACCCCCAUAGGUCUAUGGGGGUCUCUAUAGAUUAUGUAUGUGCUGUGUGUAAUUUUAAAUUUCUCUAACCGUGCUGUACAAAUGUGUGGAUUUGUAAUCAGGCUAUUUUUUUUGUUGUUUUUCAGAGCCAUUAAUAUAAUAUUUAAAGUUGAGUUCACUGGAUAAUUUCUCAUCUUGCCCGACCAUUUCUAACUGCCAAAGUGAAAAUUCAAGAAACCUAUGCGGGGUUUCCCCCCUGUACAAUUAUGAGAUAUAAUUCUUUUCCCAGUUGUAGGUCUUUUACAAAACAAGAAAAUAAUUUAUUUUUUGUUGUUGGCGGAUAAAGAAGUCAAGUAUCUGAUACUUUUUAUUUACAAAGUGUGAUGGUGUUGUACAGUAGAUUCCUCCCCCAGCAUUCCUAAAAGAAAAAAAAAAACACUAAAAAUUUAACUUGACCUGUGUUUGUCUUAUGUGGUCUUAAUUGUUGUACUUGCCUUAAAAUAAACCCAUGUUGUU